AUGAAGGAGGCCUCUGUGGCCGAGUGGUCUAAUUUAGCACAACUUGUUUCAGGAAUUAUAGAUACUAAAAUAAAUACAAGCGUUGGAUUAAUACAUGGUUUUUACGAGCAAGCAAAUUUUAAUGGUAAUCACAAAGCUGUAUUAAAGUUUCUAGGAAUUCCUUAUGCAAUUCCUCCUGUUGGUAACUUACGUUUUAGGAAACCAAGACCAGCUCCACGCUUUAAAACGUUCAAUGCUACAGAGUUUGGACCUGGAUGUUUACAAAAUAAAUUUCUUAUGUCGCUGUGGUUACCUGGCCGAGAUUUGCUUUCUGAGGACUGCUUAACAUUAAAUAUAUUUGUUCCCAUUCAUAGCUGGGCUAGAAAAUACCCCGUGAUGAUAUGGAUUCAUGGAGGAGCCUAUCAGAUUGGACAAUCUAGUAUCUAUUCUGGAGAAAAUUUAGUCAAUUACGGUGACGUUAUCGUGGUAACUAUAAAUUACCGGCUUGGCCCAUUCGGAUUUUUAGCUACGAAAGACCCUGACUCGAUGGGAAAUUUAGGAUUAUGGGAUCAACAACUAGCCAUUAAAUGGGUACACGAGAAUAUCGAUUUCUUCGGCGGUGAUUCCAAUAGAAUAACUUUGUUUGGGGAAUCCGCUGGAGGCGGAAGUACCGUUUAUCAAGCAAUGUAUCCUGGGAACAAGGGUCUAUUCUCACGAACAAUAUCCGAGAGUGGAGUUGCUAUGUCGGCAUGGGGUUAUAAUACACGUGACAAGAUGCUUGACUUCACAAAAAGGAUGGCAAUAAACUUAAAAUGUCCUACAACUAACGAUCGUGACAUGCUAGCAUGCAUGCGAAACGUUCCGGCUCAGGACAUAGUGGAUAAAUCCAGAGUGGGGACAGAAUCCGAGAAUCUAUUUCGACCAGAGUUUGUUCCUGCUCCUGAUGGUGAAUUUAUUUCACAAUACGCUCCUGAUAUUUUUACGAAACCCUGUUUGAUCAAUGAACAAACCGGAAGUGUUUUCGACAAUAUUGACAUGGCAUUCGUUGCACUGACCGGUGACGGAACUGCCGUUACUGGUUCAACGAUGUUGCCAUAUGUUAAAAAGCACAUGUCGAAGACUAUGUCGGCCGAUGACGUCAUCGAGAAAUUUGUUAUUCCGUAUAUUCUAUCGGAUAGAUUCAAUGUUACCUCCCCUGAACUUGCUAAAAUAAUGAAUUUCGUGUACAGUGACUGGAACAAAACAUUAGGAAAAAAUUCAUAUCAAACAAAACUUUUAAAUUUGGAUACAGAUUACAGCUUUUUCAUACCAAUAAUUAACACUGCUAUUGCACAUGCUCAGAGAGAAAAGGGGAAGAAGACAUAUUUGUUAGGGUUGGCAAAACACUCCUCUUUCACUCUACCAUUAGAGUAUAAACCACCUAACCUUCAUGCAGAUGAAAUUCCGUACUUCUUUGGUUUUCCUGAUAGUAUGAUGAAGCCUUUCGCAAUGUCAAGGACGAAUAUUACAGCUGAAGAAAUACAACUGUCUAAAAAACUCAUGAAAUAUAUUACGAAUUUUGCAUACACUGGUGAUCCUAAUCUCCCAUUAUCACCAGAUGUGAAGUGGUUACCUUACGACGUCGAAAAUGAACACUAUCUACGUGUUGGUGAAACCAUUAAAACCGGUUCACACAUAUUCCCUAUGAGGACUGCUUUCUGGACAAAAUACAUACCGGAGUACCUUAACAUGACAACAACUUGUACUGUGAGUCAUGGAAUGUUGCCUAAUAUUGGAUCUUCAAACGUAAUUGGUUAACAAACAGACCGGCUCCAAAAAUUCAAGAAUAAUUAUAGUAGUCUUUAUUUAUCAAUACCGUUUUGGCUUGACAAAAACAUUAAAUGUUUAACACAGAUGUGAUACAUUCUUACCGGAAUAAAAUGAAAGAUUUUAUAUAAAUUAAUUUUAGUAAAAUUAUUCAAUUGUU